AUGUUGGUCUCCAGCAAGCAGUUGCCGAUCAGCCGUUCCCGGAGUUGGGAUACGCUAGGCAGGAAUGAGGCUCAGUGGGAAAGCAACGAGAACACUUUUGAGCAGCAGUCCAGAAUGACCAGCCGCCGGAACUCCUUGUCUUACGGAGGAAAUACGGCAGGAGGUUGGUAUGAACCACCCCCUGGCACACGUCCACCUGACCUGGAUACAAAACGGGAGCCAUUUUUCCAAGAAUCACUUUACAACCAAAAUUACCUGGAUCAUUCUGACUCGCACAACAUGAGAAAGAGCUCUGUUGAACUGAACAACCAAUAUAACCAGCCACCCCUGGCUCACCGCAUAUCUCUACCUCCAGCUCCAGUGGAUUAUUACCAACAAGAUCCUACAAUGGUCCCAAGGCCUCCCGAUGGAUAUUAUCGUGGAGAGGAGCGUCACCCCCUCAACAGAUUGAAUUCUCACUAUAGAGUGAUGGGUGGUUCUCGGCCACCAUGGGAACAGAAUCAAGGAGUGAGGUCUGGUCCUCCUGGCUCUAGUCCUGCCCCAGCUCCUCCUCCACCUCCUACCUCUCACCAAAUGACCCGUAUCUACAGGCAACCAUCCCUCUCUGGCACUUCGUCUGCCACCCCUGUGUCCAAAAUUAUCCCAGACGGGCAGCGAUUUCCAAGCCGGGCGCAUUCUCCUGCUCUCUACGGCAUAGAGACAACUUCUCCCCACUAUGGUAGUGAGCUCCCUGUCACUCUCACUGGGCAAUCGGCAUAUAGUGACAUCAAUGGGAGACAGAUGGACCCUAAGCAGCCUUCGUCUACCUGCAUUUUGCUGGAUCCCGGUUCUCAGGGGCUGGACACCACCACCCAAGGUAUGGUCAUACGCCAGGAAUGUUCUUCACCAUACACCAUACAGCAGCCUCAGCAGCAGCAGCAAGUGCAACAGCCAGCUCAGCACGUACAGCCAGUGCAGCAGGUGCAACCUGUUCAACAAGCUCAGCAGCACAUUCAGCCAGUUCAGCAGGUGCAACACAUGCAGCCAGUUCAGCAGAUGCAACACAUGCCUCCUGUUCAACACAUGCAGCCUGUGCAUCAUGUGCAACAAAUGCAACCAGCUCUGCAAGUGCAACAUAUGCCACCUGUUCAGCAAGUGCAACAAAUGCAGCCUCCAGCAAUUCCGUCGUUGCAAACUGUGAUACCCUCAAAUCCUGUGUACUACCUUAACCCUCUCCUAGCAGCCCCUGCUCCUGCAACCACUCCAAUCAUGGCUGCUACCCCUGCUCAGCUUCCUUCUCAGCUGCUCACUCAAACUGUUAUUCCCAUUCCUUCACCAAUGGUGCCUCAAGUCCAAGCUCCUGUGGACCCAAAGAAAACGGCAGACCCAGAUUUCUUGGCGGUGCUACGCAAUGAAGGUCUGUCUGAGAGCACAAUCACCUCUCUGAUUGAGCAGGGCUUUGAUUCCACUGCCAUGCUGGCUGUUAUGGAAGAAAAUGAUGUUCAUUCUGUUGCACCAAACCUAGGGCAGGCACGUGUUCUCUCUCGUGUGGCACAAAGUUGCAGACGUUUGUCCGAAUCUGCUCCUGUCACCCUCCUGUGCCCUACAGCUCGAGUCCGCGGCCGAUCCAACAGCUUCAGCCACCGUGGCGACAUAUACCUGCACCGGGCACCAGCAGAGAAUGCAGGCAUGGACUCCCAGCAUAUGCAGCCAUCCUCCAUAAUCAUGCAUGCCAUAUCCCCCAGGGUAGGUGAGGUCAUGGGUUGCAGACCCAGUAGUGCUCCCUCCCAGCAGUUUCUGGAGACUGGCAGUGGAUAUCCUGGAGCCAGAAUCCCAGGGGCUUUCGGCGCUGCUGCAGUGCCCAUCCAACCUCGUACAAUGUACACCUACACGCCGCAGGUUAGCUUACCCAUUACUUCCACGUCUCAGCAAGUGACUCUUCCAUCGCACAUACCAGGAAUGUCACCGCAAAGCCCUGGCUUGCUACAGCAAAUACAGGCUCUGCCAUCAUCAAUCCACAGUGUGCCACAGCAGAUGCCAAUGGUAGCCGGAGUACCCCACGCGAUAACCAUACCUGCUGUACUACCCCAGCAAGCUACCAAGGUUUACUCCACUAACUACACCGUGCCCGUAGAGCUCAUGAAAAGAGAUCGGAGUCUGGUCACCAUGCCACCCAUGCCCAGUCCCCAUGUAAACCCACAGAUUAGAAGGAAGCCUGGGUCAGCGCUUCAUGAGGGCAUCCUGGUGCCUGUAGGUUCAGGCCAUACUUCUACCACAACCAGUCAGAAGUUAAUUCGACGCACUGGGCUUCCUGUCAUCAUCUCUGCUAUGGCAUCUCCUGAAACAAUUAUUAGGCCCCAGGUCAUGAAUGGGCCGGCGCAGCUUCGGCCACUGGUGGCGCUGCUGGACGGGAGGGACUGCACAGUGGAGAUGCCCAUCCUCAAAGAUCUGGCAACAGUGGCUUUCUGUGAUGCCCAGUGCACACAGGAGAUCCAUGAAAAGGUCCUGAAUGAGGCGGUGGGAGCCCUGAUGUACCACACCAUUAAGCUGACCAGAGAGGACCUGGAGAAGUUCAAAGCCCUACGCAUCCUCAUCCGGAUCGGGAGCGGCUUUGACAACAUCGACAUAAAGGCCGCAGGCGAGAUGGGCAUUGCUGUGUGUAACAUCCCAUCUGCAGCGGUGGAGGAGACAGCAGACUCCGCCCUCUGCCACAUCCUCAACCUGUACCGGAGGAACACCUGGCUGUACCAGGCCCUCCGGGACGGCUCACGGGUCCACGGCGUGGAGCAGAUCCGAGAGGUGGCAUCAGGAGCCGCUCGCAUUCGGGGAGAGACCCUCGGACUCAUCGGCUUCGGCCGGUCGGGUCAGGCGGUGGCUGUACGGGCAAAACCUCUUGGCUUCAAUGUGAUCUUUUAUGACCCGUACGUGCUGGAUGGUUUGGACCGCUCCCUGGGUGUCCAAAGAGUGUUCACCCUACAGGACCUGCUGAACCAAAGCGACUGUGUGUCCCUGCACUGCAGUCUAAAUGAACACAACCACCACCUUAUCAAUGAUUUAACCAUCAAACAGAUGCGCCAUGGAGCGUUCCUGGUGAACACGGCACGGGGCGGUCUAGUGGACGAGAAGGCUCUGGCACAUGCCCUAAAGGAGGGCCGAAUACGAGGGGCUGCCCUGGAUGUCCACGAGUGCGAGCCCUUCAGUUAUACUCAGGGCCCCCUGAAAGAUGUUCCUAACCUGAUCUGCACACCCCAUGCAGCCUGGUACAGUGAGCAGGCCUCGCUGGAGAUGCGGGAAGCCGCUGCCACUGAGAUGCGGAGGGGUCUCACAGGUCGUAUCCCAGACAACCUCAGAAACUGUGUCAACAAAGACUACUUUAUUCCCUUUGCUCAGUGGGGAAUAGCAGAGCAGCAGGUGCAUCCAGAGCUCAAUGGCACCACCUACAAAGUGAUGCAGCCACUACCGGCCAUAUCUCCUGGCAGCCUGCAAGACAAAAUGUAUACCUAAACAGAGCCAGGCUUUUUUCAAGACUGGGGGGUAUGACUCCUGUUGGCAUGAGAGCACCACCGAUGGGCACAAAACCGGGCAGUG